AUGGAGGCACAAGUACAAGAGCUCUUUGGAUUCUUGAAAGACGAUAGAGCAGAUGUCCGACAAUUGGCUGCUUCAAACGUCGCAGGCUUGACUGGCACCGCGGAAUUCAAUAGCGUAUUUAAAAAGAAUCCACGUGCUAUACGAGACCUGAUGUCCCUUAUAUCUGAUGAAGCAAUGGUGGCUCACGAAGCAAUCAACGCUCUCACCAACUUGUCCGCCGAUCUCGACAUCUUGGCCAUUAUGGCAUCAUCUGGAACGGAUUUUAACAACUUUUUAUAUAUGUUGUUGGUCAUUAUAAUAUCCCCAAACAAUAUGCUUACUGACGCCGGUUGUAUGCUUCUUAACAACAUAUCGAAGAGCACUACAGUUAUCACCGCACUGCUGCCCUCUAUGAACGAGAAUAAGAAUGUCACAGGGGCUACUACGACUGGUCCAGUGACGAAACGAGCCUCGAUGUUAGAUAAUCUCCUCGACCUAUUCGUAAAGGGAGUGAACAAGUCAUACAACCCAAAGGCCGAAUAUCAUUUUCUAGGAGGAGUAUUUGCAAACAUCAGUGGAAGUGCCAGAGGCUCGGCCUUCUUCUUGGAAGACUCUACCGUAGAUAGUACACCACGGUUGAGUCGAUUGAUACCGUUUACAGAACAUGCAAAUCUUAUAAGGAGAGGAGGAGUUGAUUCAACUCUUCGAAAUAUCUGUCUUGCAGUUGCUAAUGAUAAAUCUCUGGCGUCAAGUCGGUUGGAGAUGUUUACAAAGUGUGUGGUUCUAGGAGCUAUUUUACUGCCUCUAGCAGGGCCCGAAGAGUAUGGCGAGGAGGACAUGGAUGGCAUGCCUGCAGAAAUACAAUUUUUAGAGGACACCAAAAAGAGAGAAGCUGAUCCAAAGCUGCGGUUGAUUCUGGUGGAGGCCAUUUUGGCUUUAUGCAGCAUAAGAGGAGGUCGAGUACUGUUACGUGAAAACAAAGUGUAUCCAGUUUUGAAACAUCUGCACAUAUGGGAAAAAGAUACUCUUGUCCUUGAACGCAUAGAGUCUGCUGUAGAUCUCUUGAUGCGAGAUGAGAAGGCUGAAAUUAUAGAAGUCGAUGAUACGAGUAAAUCGAGAGAGGAAACCAGCAGUACACAAACUGUCGAGGAGGAUGAGGAAGAUGACGUGAUAGAAGAGCUGCUAUAG